UCUCGCUUGUCCUCUCUUCAACUGCACGUAAAGAUUGCUUUGCUGCGUGUCUGAUUUUCCUGGGUGAUAUUUUCCGAAAUUUUCCGGUUAAACCGUCCGUUCUGGUCGCAAAAAUGUAUUCAAAUGAAAACUAUGCUGAAGAGGGCUACGAUGACUACAAUUACGAUACUGGGAACGCCGAUGAUGCCCUGUACGACCGAUCGUACUUCCCAAUGCACGAGGAUGUGAAAAAGUUCCUGGUGUACUUCUGCAGUGUCAUUAAAGGAGGGGUUGUGUAUGAAAUCCAGAACUUGUAUGAGAAUACCUUCCCGAAGCUGAGCGAGCAGCAUUUCGAGAAGAAGGCUUGGCCCAGCGAGGAUGAAGUUGCUCAUCUGGUAGACAAUGAUAGUCUGUUCAUGAUCUUGUAUAAGGAGCUGUACUAUCGUCAUCUCCACGCUAGAAUCCAGGGUGGCCCAUCUCUGGAACAGCGGUUGAACUCGUUCUACAACUAUUGCAACUUCUUCAACUACAUUUUGCCCUCGAAGGAACCUGUGCAGCUGGAGUUGCCCGAUAUUUGGUUGUGGGAGUUGAUUGAUGAGUUUGUCUACCAGUUCCAGAACUUUGCCCAAUAUCGUGCCAGGCUAACAGAUAAGUCCGAAGAGGAAAUGGACAUGCUGUUGAACAACAAUAGCAAGGUCUGGAAUAUCCUGUGUAUUCUGAACGUUCUCCACUCGCUGGUAUCGAUGUCGAAGAUCAAGGAUCAGCUGGAAGCUGCUGCAGCUGGACGGGACCCGGAAGAAGUAGCCGGCGAGUUUGGACGCCAUUCGUUCUACAAGAUGUUGGGCUACUUUAGCUUGGUUGGGCUUUUGCGUGUACAUUCACUGCUGGGUGACUAUCAUCAGGCUAUUAAGGUAUUGGAACCAAUCGAGAUUCAUAAGAAGAGUCCAUACUCACAUAUUCCGGCUUGUCAAAUCUCGACUUCCUACUACGUUGGAUUCGCUUACAUGAUGAUGAGGCGCUACUCUGAUGCAAUCCGUACGUUCUCGUCGAUUUUGCUGUACAUUCAACGUACCAAGCAGUUGUAUAGCGCUCGUUCCUACCAGAAUGACCAGAUCAACAAGCAGACUGAUCAGAUGUACCACCUGCUGGCCAUCUGCCUGGUGUUGCACCCACAGUGCAUUGAUGAAUCGAUUCAACAGGUACUCCGCGAGAAGAACUACCACGAUAACAUGUACAAGAUGCAAUGUGGUGAUUUGGAUACCUUCCGCAAUUUCUUCGUGUUUGCCUGCCCGAAAUUUGUGUCUCCUGUACCACCCCCAUCCGACGCAGCGGUCGACGAUUAUGUGAAGGAAGCUUUGGAACAUCAAACCAACGUUUUCAUGGAUGAAGUCCGCCAACAGCAGGAGUUGCCUACGAUCCGCUCUUACUUGAAACUGUACACCACUCUUCCGUUGCUGAAGCUGGCCUCGUUCAUGGAUCACAUUCCCCAGGAUGAAAUCGGUGAGCAGAAGAUUGAAAAUCUGUUAACCCAUCUGCUAUGCUUCAAGCAUAAGAUGAAGAACAUCGUUUGGACUAAAGGCGCCAGCGGCUUGGAGGGCAAGUUCCAGUCCGGUUCGGAGUUGGACUUCUACAUCGACAAGGAUAUGAUUCACAUUGCCGACACGAAGGUAUCGCACCGCUAUGGAGACUUCUUUAUCCGCAAGAUUAUGAAAUUUGAAGAUUUGAACCGUCGUCUGCACAACUUGAAGUGAAAAUAGAACCGUGUGAACAUUUUGCGAUUGCAGUAAGAUAACUAAGAGGACAAAAUAAAAAGAAAGUUUUAUUCGAAAAGUAUCUAUCUUGAUCGAGAACGCUUGGAAGUGUUUGUGCAUUCAUUAUUCUACAUAUUACGCAGUUGUAACCUAUUACUAAAGUAACAAAUAAAAAAAGAAGAUAGGUUUCCUACGGGA